AGAUUGCUCAAUAAUCAUUUAUAAUUCCUUCCAGCCAGUAUUUAAAUUAAUUGUAUAUUGUUCCAUAAACAGAUUCUACUAUUUCUGACCCCUGCCUUGUAGCUACAGUGGACAAGACGGAGGAGGCAUGCAUCGAGGACCUGAGGAGCGAGAGAUCCCUAUACUGGAUCAGGAGUGGGACAUGGAGUCCCAGCAGUGGACACCUUUCCAGCCCUCUACUGUUCCUCAGCAAACUUCUGCUAAAGAGACAAAGCCAGACUCUGCAGAGAUUUCGCUUUGGACUGUUCUAGCUGCAAUUCAAGCAGUGGAAAAGAAGGUUGAUUCUCAUGCCACGCGGUUACUGAACCUGGAGCGUAGAACAGUGACAACAGAAAAGAAAUACUUUGACUGCGAGAAAACAGUAGUGGAUUUUGGAAACCAAAUGGAGAGUAAAUGGGCUGCGCUGGGAACUCUGAUCCAGGAGUACGGGCUGCUGCAGAGGAGGCUGGAGAAUGUGGAGAACCUGCUGAAGAACAGGAACUUCUGGAUCCUGAGGCUCCCCCCAGGCACCAAGGGGGAAAUCCCCAAGGUCCCGGUGGCAUUUGAAAAUGACUCAGUUUACUUCUCUGAGCAAGAAUGGCAGAACUUAGAUGAGUGGCAGAAAGAGCUUUACAAGAACGUGAUGAAGGGGAACUAUGAGUCUCUGAUCUCGCUGGACUAUGUACUCUCCAAACCUGACCUUCUGGCGCGGAUUGAACGAGGGGAAACGCCCUGCGAGGGGGAGGAGGGAGACGUAGAGGAGAGAGAAAUCCCUGCAGAGCCCAGCACAGACUCACUGGUGUAUACACCUGAGGCGACCUGCCAGAGUGAAGGCGAGGAAGAGCCGUGCAUCAAGGGACAGGAGAAGUCGGAGGAAAGAGAGAUCCCAGCUGAACCCCCAGUCGAGUGCACGUUUUCCCAGCCAAGCUGUGUGUCCCGGGUAAAGCAAGAGGAGGAGCUGUUUGUCGAGGAGCAGGGGCCCUUGGAGGAAGUGGAAAUAUUCUCAGAGCCCAGCACUGACACAUGCUCCUGGUCUCCCUCUCUGCCUCUGGGGGAAGCAGAUGCUAUGGCUGUGGCCACCAUGUGGGGGAGACAACGAACGACCAGGGAGGGUCCCGAAGAUGAAAUAAGACAAGAUUAUGCAAUUUCCCAACCUGACAUUUUAUCCUGGAUUGUACAAGAGGAAAAGCCGAAUGUCAGGAAUCCAGGAGCCUUGGAGGAGCGAGAAAUGCCUUCAGACCCCGGUCCAGCAGAUUAUGGGAUCCUGAUCAAAACUGAGCAAGAGGAAUGCCCUGCCAUCCUGGAAGCACUUGGAAUGUUAACAGGAAUGUCCCAGGAGGACGUUGGGCAGGGUCCUGAGGAGGGUUGGUCCAGUGCAGUAUCACAAUUGAAGAACCACCCAGGAAGGAGGGGAUCAGCUCAGCAUGAAAGAGGUUUCAGCAACAAGCCAGUCGCCAUUCACCAGAGCAAGUCUGCCAAAGACAGGCCUAAUAAGUGUGCCGAGUGCGGGAAAGGCUUUAGGCUAAAGAAAAGCCUUAUCAUUCACCAGAGGAGUCACACAAGAGCAGGACCCUAUGACUAUCCGAAAUGUGCAAAGGGCCUCAGUCACAAGCAGCAGUACCUGCUGCACCAGACAGUCCAUGCAGGAGAGGGAGCUGGCAGCUUUCCAGACCAUCAGCAAAGCGUGGCACAGAUGCUCAGUCUCCAGUCUGACCCAGCAAGAGGCAGAUGCUGUCCAAGCACGGCGUGCGAUAGCGGCUUCAGUCCGAACUCCAGCCUAAGCAAUCCUCAUCUCCUGCAGGCAGGAGAGCGGCUGUACGUGUGCACAGAGUGCAGGAAAAGCUUUCGGCUGCACAUCAACCUCCUCAUACACCAGAGAACCCAUGCAGAGAAGGGCCAAGGGCCUCUUAUCUGUCCAUACUGUGAGAAAUGCUUCAGCCGCUCUUCCCACCUCAUCCGACACCAGAUGAGCCACACGGGGGAGAGACCCUAUAAAUGCCCAGCGUGUGAGAAAAGCUUCACGGAUAAAUCCAAGCUCACCAACCACUACAGGAUCCACACUGGGGAGCGGCCCUACCACUGCAAUGAGUGUGGCAAGAGCUUCAGCCGCACGCACCAUCUCCUGAAGCACCAGCAGAUCCACACGGGCGAGAAGCCAUAUCACUGCACCCAGUGCCCAAAACGCUUCUCGCAGAAGCACCAUCUCCUGGGGCACCAGCGUGUUCACACUGGGGAGCGCCCCUACCAGUGCACGGAGUGCGUCAAAAACUUCACACGGAAGCAGCACCUCCGCGAGCAUUGGCGGGUCCACUUGAGAGAGCCCCCGAGUGCGCCGAAUACUUUAGACACCAGUGGACUUUGAAGUGUCACCUGGGAGAACAGGAUCAGCUGAGGGCCGGAGUAUAACCAGCAGGCUCGUCCAUGGAGAAUGUGUUGGCAGUGGGGGGAGACUUAUAGGCUGGUGUCUCUUUACAGUGAAAGCCUCGUGAACACAGAAAAAGGAACGAGUGAAGAAGAAAUGAAAGUCUGAUCCUGCAGGUACUGCGUUCAGCUUGCCUUCAGUGAGCUGUAUGCCAGGGCUAGCAGUAUUGACCUGCAGUGAAAUGUUUGUUAAUGUGCUGUAACAUUCCUUUUGAAACACUUGAUAUCAUUAUGACAAAGGAAUUCCA